AUGGAUACUGAGCAGCUUCCAUUGGUACAUCGCGAUGCUAGCGAUUCGCUCCAGCAGCAAUUGUCAAGCUACCACGAGCGUCAGCGCAUGCGACAACAGCGUCAUCGAUUUAUUGGUACAAUGGGACGUGCAACUGUCGGUUUUUUGGCGGCAUCGUUAGUCACGUUGCUUCUUGUCGCGCUCUCGUGGCCUGCACAGCGUAAUGAACGUUCGCUCGAAUUGCGGACGCUACUCGAUGCUUAUCAGCAUGAUCGUAAUUUCUCUGGUGUUGUACGAUUGAGUCAUAAUGGUCAGAAAAAAAUGCAUCAAGCUAUGGGUCUUGCAAACGUUCCGUUUGAACAGCCAAUGGAAGAACAUAGUGUCUUUCCAAUGGGAGCGCAUGUGCAGUUGCUAGUAUCUGUUGCCAUGUAUCAAUUACAAGAGCAAGGAAAAGUACAAUUAGAUCACUCGGUCGAGAAAUACUGGACUGAGAUGGACUGGCAAGCAUUUGGAAAGAAUCAAACGACGUGGUGUCCACACAUAAAAGAGAGUGUUUCUUGUGAGCGUAUGACGUUCCAACACUUGCUUUAUAUGGGAUCAGGAAUCCAGGGACAGCAUCAUGAGAAAUUGGCGACUUUAGGUCAACAGAUUGGGUCAUUUAUUGACGUGCCUUUGGCCUUUCAACCAGGCACAAGUUAUCAAUUUGCUGAGGAAAACUAUGUGCUAUUGAUGUAUAUGGUCGAACGACUAAGUGGCCUUCCUUUUAAUGUUUACUUGACAAAGCAUGUGAUUCAAGCGUUGGGGCUCAAGCAAACAAUAUUUGAUCCAGAUCACGGUGCUCUGCGUGUUCAUCGCGGUCUUGUAGAUCAGUAUGUUCAAUUUUAUGCCCAUCGAAGUAUCAAUACGAGUCAACUUGAUGACAUGCAUAGCUCAAGAAACUCAAAUACAAAUGGUCAAAAGUCACACCACAUAAGCACUGGGUCGUGUGCUAUGUAUCAAGCACUUGACUCGAGUCUUCAUGGUCUUCUGUCAACAGGAAAAGAUAUGCACAAGAUUUAUACGGAUCUUUUCCAUGCCCAUGGGCAAACUUCGAAAUUGUUAAAACCCGAAUCGAUUACGCAGAUAGUAACGACUCGUAACCCGACGUAUCGUGCAUUCGCACAAGGUAUUGGUGUUGAUUUUGAAGACAAUGUGGAAAAUUCGGCUACUAAUAACCAUUGGCCGUCGAAAAUCGCUUUUUGCGGUACCACAGCGUGCACAACGACGUGCAUGGCCAUGCAAAUGCCGUCAGUCAAUUUGUCAAUAAUUGCCAGUGCUUUUACGAAUGAUGUGCGUUUAUAUUUCUCAAGUGAAGACUCGUUUAAAGCAUACAAGCCGCGCGAUUUUAUUGACAUGCGUAAUUUGUCAAUGCACGAUGAAUUAUUUGAGAAAAGCGAUGGCGAAGUUAAUACAUUGGCAUGGAGACUAUUGCAGGUAUUUCUUCAAUUUUACAAGACUUUUGACAAGUAA